CAUGGCUCAACUUCUUUGCUAUUAUUAUACGUAACCUUAAAAUCUAAAGUCAAAUCGUGAAGUCCAAAUAAAAAUGGAUCCCACAUUAUUGGUUUCUAUUGCAGUGGUACUUGUUAUCCUAAUUAUUAGUUUAUCCUUCCUAUCUCGUAGGAAAUCAGAUGAAUCAAAAACAGCUUGUGAGGUUCAAGGACCUGCAGUACGUGGACAGCCAGUUAGGCGAGCUGCAGGAGUGAGAAAUGCUCGUAGAAGAAUGCGUGGAGAUGUAGCUCCACAGGCAGAAAGAGAUGUAGCGAAUGUAUCUGACGAAGAGAGUAAUGAUGAAGCAACUGAACGAGUUGAGUUUCCUGAUAAUAAAGUUGGUGCAAAGAAACGAGCAAAGUUGGAAGCAAAGGCUGAGAAAAAAGCACAUAGAGAAGCAGCAGAGCGUGAAAGAGAAGAUCGCCGGAAAAGGGAACAGUUACUUCAGGAAGAAAGAGACAAACUCACUGAAAAAGAACGAGCAGAAGAACAACGCCAAGAGGAAAUUGAAAGAAAAGAGAGGGAAGAAAAGGCAAAGAGAGAAUAUGAAGAAUACCUCAAAAUGAAAGAAGCAUUCAGUGUUGAGGAGGAAGGUUAUGACGAAUGUGAUGAGGAGGAACAGAAAAAUCUGUUACAAGAAUUUCUUGCAUACAUUAAGAGAAACAAAGUAGUUGUUUUGGAGGAUCUUGCGGCACACUUUGGUUUGAGAACAGUAAAUGUUAUCGAAAGAAUUCAAGAUCUGCAGACAGAAGGGAAUUUGACAGGAGUAAUAGAUGACCGAGGAAAGUUCAUUUAUAUUUCUCAUGAUGAACUCGAAGCAGUUGCAAAAUUUGUACGGCAACGUGGUAGAGUCAGUAUUACUGAGCUUGCAGAAAAUUCAAAUCGCCUGAUUAACUUAAAUUCUGGAAAUGAUUGUCGCAAUACUGUGGAGGCUCGUUAAAACUUUAUAAUCAGGUCAAACAGAAUGGCUGGGUAUGCAAUUUAUCUGCUUUGUAAGGAAGGUGCCGACGGUCCACUUCUCAACAUACUACACCAAUUGAGAAUAUGAAUAAUGUGGACAAUAAGGGACUUUCUAAUUUGGCUAUACAGAACUUUUCUACGUUUCUACGUGUCACAAAUAAAAACGUAAUACCUCCAACUUCCACCAGACUGUUGGUUUGUCCCAGUCGUCAGCUAGCUUAGGGAGAAAGGAGCUAUAAAUAAUCGUAAUAUCCUACAUUGGGACAAUUCAAAUAUGUUCAUACAUUUUUAUAUAGAAAGAUAUUAAUUUAAAUACCUCGAAAAAUGUAAUAGAAUUUACAAUAAAUCGUAUGUAUAAUAUAUAAUA